AUGGCUCCGCCCACGUGCGCCAUUUUCUCGUCUUGGACCUCUCAAACGAAAAUCUUUAACAUCAAAACGCAUAUAGUUUGUGUUGUUUUAACCCACUUAUGUUAAGAUAGAUGUUCAAAAAAUGAGUAAGAUUGGCGAGAGGGCUCAAGGAACAGGAGUGUCAUACUCCCCAUCUCAAUUUGAGGACGCAAAUCCCUGGCUGCAGACGUCAAACUCCCCAUCUAAAUUGGAAGACGAAAGUUCCUGGCAACAGGAUUCCUGCUCCCCAUCUAAAAUGGAGGUUGCAAAUCCAACUCAGGACGAGCCAGAGUUUGGAGCAGGGUCCACAAAUGAAUCUCAAGCCUUUGAAAAUUCUGGAACCACAGCCCCCUCGCCAUCAAAAUUAGGGUCUUCGACUAACAAUGACUCGACCCAAAACACGAAUCCUUCAAGCUCUCCAUCGCAACCCACGCAACCACAGGGUGAAGAGACAAAAGAACCAAGCCAUCUUCCUGUUGCUAAACGGGCAAACCCAAAUCCCAGCAAAUGUUUAGGUGUAUUUGGCCUCAGCUUGGAGACCACAGAGCAAGACCUGAGAGCCUUCUUUUCCUAUUACGGUCCUCUAACCGGUGUCACCCUGGUCCUCCACCAACGCUCUGGUCGCUCGCGGGGCUACGCUUUUGUUAACUUUGUGAAAAUCGAGGAUUCCAAGAGGGCAAUGGAGCAAGCCAAUGGUAUGGAGUUAGACGGGAUGCCAAUUAGACUCGAUUACUCCAUCACUAAGCGGGCUCACUCCCCCACACCUGGAGUCUACAAGGGAAAACAACCCAUAGAAGAAGAAGACGUGAGAGGGUACUGGAGAGCACGGGCUUCAUACCACAACAGAGGCUACGACCGAGGCCACGACCGCGGCUACGACCGAUACCACGACCGCGGCUACGACCGAUACCACGACCGCGGCUACGACCGAUACCACGAUCGGUACUACGACCGUGGCUUCGACAGGGGCUACGAUAGACGCUACGACCGAUAUGACCGAUAUGACGAUUACGAUCGCUGGGCCAGUCGCAGACACUCCCCUUCGCCGGACUAUGGUCGAAUCAGACCUCUCUUACGCUUCAGCCCAAGGCGCUGAGGUGCAGCGGCUGAACGAACUAGCAUGUCUUAAUUCACAGCCCGCAGUUGUGUUUUACAUGCAGAUAGAGUUCUCAAUUGUAAAUCAUUUCCACUUUCACAGUGUGAGCGAAGAACUCUUUGUAAUGUAUCUUUUUUCUAGUUGCCAUUCACUUUUUUUUUUUUUUUUUUUGUUACAAUGACCUCAAAUGUUGUCGGUGGCGACUGAGUGAGUCUUCUGAAAAUUUGGCUACUUUGUAAGGCCUACAUUUGAGAAUUAAAGAUCUCACACUGUUUUUU